AUGGCCAAAUUGGCUUUUUCAAAUUGGCGUCUCAUCAUUUUAAUUGCCAGACCACCUUGUAAAAUUGAACAUUCAUUCCACUACAUUGAUAUUCUGGCCAUAGAAAGUUUCAAACGAAAUCAACAUGAUGUGGCCAUAAGCCACUAUUGCUAUUCUCUCCUCACAAUUAUUACUGUGCUCUCUCUCUCCUCACAAUUAUUACUGUGCUCUCUCUCUCCUCACAAUUAUUACUGUGCUCUCUCUCUCCUCACAAUUAUUACUGUGCUCUCUCUCUCUCCUCACAAUUAUUACUGUGCUCUCUCUCUCUCCUCACAAUUAUUACUGUGCUCUCUCUCUCCUCACAAUUAUUACUGUGCUCUCUCUCUCUCCUCACAAUUAUUACUGUGCUCUCUCUCUCCUCACUGUUAUUACUGUGCUCUCUCUCUCUCCUCCACAAUUAUUACUGUGCUCUCUCUCUCUCCUCCAGUGUGUCUGUCUCUCUCUCUCCCUGGUGUGCUGUGCUCUCUCUCCUCACAAUUAUUACUGUGCUCUCUCUCUCCUCUAGUAUUACUGUGCUCUCUCUCUCUCUCAAUUAUUACUGUGCUCUCUCUCUCCCUCACAAUUAUUACUGUGCUCUCUCUCUCCUCACAAUUAUUACUGUGCUCUCUCUCUCCUCACAAUUAUUACUGUGCUCUCUCUCUCCUCACAAUUAUUACUGUGCUCUCUCUCUCUCCUCACAAUUAUUACCGCUCUCUCUCUCUCCUCACAAUUAUUACCGCUCCCUCUCUUUCCUCACAAUUAUUACCGCUCCCUCUCUCUCCUCACAAUUAUUACUGCUCCCUCUCUCUCUCUCUACUUACAAUUAUUACUGCUCCCUCUCUCUCUCUCUACUUACAAUUAUUACUGCUCCCUCUCUCUCUCUCUACUUACAAUUCUUGCUGCUCCUCUCUCUCUCUCUACUUACAAUUAUUACUGCUCCCUCUCUCUCUCUCCUUCCAAUCAUUCCUGCUCCCCUCUCUCUCUCUACUUACAAUUAUUACUGCUCCCCUCUCUCUCUCUCUUACAAUUAUUACUGCUCCCUCUCUCUCUCUACUUACCCCAUUAUCUUUCCUGCUCCCUCUCUCUAUUUACAAUUAUUACUGCUCCCUCUCUCUCUCUCUACAAUUAUUACUGCUCCCCUCUCUCUCUCUCUACAACAAUUAUUACUGCUCCCUCUCUCUCUUACAAUUAUUACUGCUCCCUCUCUCUCUCUCUACUUACAAUUAUUACUGCUCCCUCUCUCUCUCUACUUACAAUUAUUACUGCUCCCUCUCUCUCUCUCUACUUACAAUUAUUACUGCUCCUCCUCUCUCUCUCUCUACUUACAAUUAUUACUGCUCCCUCUCUAUUUAUAAUUGA